AUGAAGCUCGAUACGAAAGCCCUGCGCUAUCUCAACCCUACCGAUUGGCGGACCCUCACUGCAGUCGAGACAGGGAGUCGAAAUCACGAAGUCGUUCCUACACCUCUCAUUGCCAAUCUGUCCAAGGCUAGCGUUGGUGAUGUCCAACGAAGUAUUUCGCUCAUUGCGAAAGCCAAUCUCAUUGCGAAAGUCAAGAAUGCCAAAUACGAAGGCUACAGGCUGACGUAUGGUGGUCUCGACUACUUGGCACUCCACUCCCUCCAGAAAAGCGACAUCGUUUACAGUGUGGGUAAUCAGAUUGGAGUUGGUAAAGAGAGUGAUAUAUUUGUUGUGAGCGACGAACACGGCCAACAACGAGUGCUCAAGAUACACCGCUUAGGAAGAGUGAGUUUCAAGAAAGGUGUACGAAAUAAGCGAGAUUAUGCCCGCACAAAACAACAGAAAGAAAGAGGCGCGGGCAGCUGGAUGUACAUGUCGCGACUGGCUGCGGUCAAGGAAUAUGCCUUUCUACAUGCGCUAUACAAUGCAGGUUUCAGUGUGCCGAUUCCCUUGGGCCAGAAUCGUCAUCAGCUAGUCAUGUCCUUGAUCGAUGGCUUCCCUCUCAGGCAGAUAGACAAGGUCCCAGACCCCGCAGGUUUGUACGCAGAGCUCAUGGAGAUGCUGGUUCGGCUAUGUUCAUUCGGACUAAUCCACGGUGAUUUCAAUGAGUUCAACAUUUUGAUCAAAGAGGAGGAGACGGAAGGCGAGGAGGGGGCCAUCAAGCUAGUACCGGUGCUUAUUGACUUUCCCCAGAUGGUCAGUGUGGAUCACGCAAAUGCAGAGUUUUACUUUGAUAGAGAUGUGGCAUGUGUCAAGAGAUUCUUUGAGAGGAGGUUUGGCUUUACUAGCGACGAGGGUGGCCCAUUCUUCAAGGAUGCAAAGGCUCUGGUUGGCACAGAGGGGGCUACAAGGUUAGAUGUCGAGGUCGAGGCGUCGGGGUUCUCGCGAAAGAUGGCAAAAGAUCUGGAGACGUACAUGAAGGAGCACGGCGUCGAUGGUGAUGCGCAAGCAUCUGAAACAAUCGGUCAGGACCAAGACAUUGUCGAUGAUUCCGAUGACGGAAGUCAGCUCGACAACAGUGGCGAUGACGAUGAGCGGAGAGAUGGGGCCAUUCCUGAUGCUGGUUGA